CACAAAUUCAAAUGUAAUUUUCAUGCAACAUGUAAAAUUUCUCCUCCUUUGACAACCUAAAACCACAACUGAACCAAAUUUAUGAAUAGACAAGCAGAAAACACUCACAACCCUGCACAAUAUAAAUAUGGAAUACCAUCUACUUGGAGGUAUACGGUGUAAAGCCCACCAAAACCUUUCUCGACCCACAUGAAGGCUCACAUGGCAAUGAAGCCAGAGCCGAGGUAACAUGGUAAUACCCCGAAAACAUAAAUAAACUCUAGAAUAAAGCUCGAAUCUUAGCAUCAUCGGAAAAUAUAAAAUUAACACCACAAACUCUGCAGAAUAUUUCAAUCACAUUUCAAAUACUAAAAAGUCAAUGACCGCACCCAUACAUAACUGCAAACCACUACACGGCCACCACAAACACAAAGCUCAACACAACAAAAAAAAAUAUUCGACAACCAUUCACUCCAGUCUUAAACACAGCCAGACAAAAGGCUAAUGAAGUUAACUAACAGGACAUUAAUCCAUCUAAAAACUCAGAACACAUUAAAGAAAACCAGCCAGGCAAGUUCACCGGAGCCUCCUGGCUUCCCUUUCGGAUUCCAUCAGGGUGAGAAUAUCACCUUCCCUGACCGGCCCCUUCACGUUCCGCAUGAUAAACCGAUUUGAGUCAUCCAUAAACUUGACUCUCACCUGGGUCACUUGCCCCCUUGACCCUGUUCGCCCUAUAACCUUGACCACAAUGGCAACCUUGAUUUGAGAAUCCAUUCUGCGAGUAAUAGCAGAUCUCAAGAGCUGGAGAGAAUCCUAGCUUUACAGAGAGCUGCGCGCGGAGUGAAAAAAUGGAGAUGGAACUCGCACAAACCCUAGCGACCUUAUUUAUUAGGGCUGUGUUAUGUGGAAGGACGUAUCUACCCUCGCUUCUCUUCACUGUUUCACGAAUAAAACUUUUGGGAACGCUUUUCCGGAUAUAAAACAGAACGGGCCCAACACAGCAGGCCGCGAUAGAUAUUGAACGCCCCAUUCAAGCUCGCGCAAGCCUCCACACAGAGCAACAAUGGAGGAAUACAGCAAAGACCUCUUGAAAUUGGAGGCCAAGACUUCCGCCGUAUCCUCCACCUCAUGUUUAGAGUCAAAACUCUUUGUUUGCAAGAAAGACAGCUCCUUUUCUCCGUCUGAAGCUCCUCUUCAUAAGCCCACAAUGUUUCCUGUUCCCAAGAGUCAAGUUCUAGGAAAAGUCCAGGACUUUCUCAGUGUCUUAUCUGAAUCGAACAAAAAGCUGAUGCACGACGCAAAGGAUAAUCCCGAGAAUUAUGAUAUUGAAAUGCUCAACGGGAAAGAAUCGGAAUACAUUGAAAUGGAUCUGAUGCUGGGAGUUGCUGAUCUUCAUACCCCAGAGGCUAGAAACCGAAAAAGCGACCCAAGAUUGUCGAGCUCUCAUAAGAUUCUUAUAUUGAGAGGACUCCAUGUGGUUUUAAUUGAGCCCGAGAGGGUAUUGAAGAGAAUGCUGAAUCUUGAUUUUGUUGUGAAUCUAAAGUUCCACAUCCAGAGUGAUGAGCAACGUGUAGGACGUGUUAAGGUUUGCGGUAUUUCUAGUUCAUGUCCAACUGAAGUAGAGUUUUGUAAUUUUUUCUGUUGA